UGUGUCAUCUCCUGAUCACAUAUUCCUUCCCAUUGCAAACUGGCAGCCGAAGGAGAACCCAGAAACAGAAGAGGACAUUGGGCCUCUAGUUCAGCAUAUUUAUGAGCUGAGAAACAAUGGUCCAAGUGCAUUCAGCAAGGUGAUGAUGACCCUGCAGUGGCCCUACAAGUACAAAAACAACACACUGCUCUACAUUGUUCAGUAUGAGAUCGAUGGUCCCAUGAACUGCACUUCUGACAUGGAAAUCAAUCCCUUGAAAAUUAAGAUUUCUGCUUCUAAGGAUGAUGACAAGAAUGACACAGUUGCCAGGGAAGAUAACCGUGACCAUCGUAUCAGCCGGAGGGAUUUGGCUGCCGCCGAGGGGGACGUGCAGACCUUG